UUUAUGGAACGUAAGCGAAGUACUGCUUUUCGCGAAGCGCGAUAUCAUAUAAGCAAAAACUUACAAAGUACGAGAGAUAUUUGCGAUUACCUCGUAACAAAAGGUGAAUUGACCGAUCAGUUGGUGGAAAGUAUUCUUAGUAAACCAACGAGAAGUGAUCAGAAUUCGGAGCUUUGUAAAAUUUUAGCGACAAGGGGUGAUUCAGCGUAUGACAGCUUUCGUGAAGCUUUAGUGGAAACGAAUGCUCCAGAUCAUCUUCUAGAUAAACUACCCAGUUUUGCACAGACACAAGCACAGUCAACAGACAGGAGUAGUCCACAAAGUUCGGGUUUAUCAGACGACUUACUGAAGCGGAUCGAGAAGAUAGAAAUCAGCGAUUCUGUUGACGCCCUUCCGUCUGGCAUACCGAAACCAAAAGUAUCAACUUCAAGUCAGGAGCUGGGACGCUACCCAGUAGACCCGACUAAGAAAACGGGACUGGCCUUAAUUAUAAAUAAUGUUGACUUCGCACACAUGAUGAAACGAAAGGGCUCAGAUGUUGAUCAUCAUAACAUGAGGCUCUUGCUUCGAGCUUUCAAUUUUGAAAUUUUCGAGGAAGAACAUACUCGAAAUCUGAGACUGGGUCAAAUGAAAGAUGUCCUGGAGCGGUUUGCUCUUCAACAAGACCACCAGAAGUACAGUAGUUGUGUUGUGGUGAUUAUGAGUCACGGCAAAGACGGAUAUCUAUACGCGACUGACUCCAAUUCUACCAACCUGUUAGGAGUUGAAUGGAUGCUGAAAUUGUUCCACGGGGAUGAGUGUCCGAAUCUGAACGGAAAGCCCAAGUUGUUUUUCCUGCAGGCGUGUAGGGGAGAAAGAAUGGACAAGGGGGCCGAUUUGUACGGUGGCGAUGCCACUGACUCGGCCGGAGAUGCUCCACGUGGAGCCUUAGAAGUGCCCGAUAACUUGAGUGAGGAGGACGAGGAGCAACUGUACCAAGAUCUCCUGUCGCACAACUAUGACGAGCCAGACGCCAUCACGAGAGGAGAUGUGAUCGCCAGCCAGAGUGACAUCUUCGUGGCCUAUGCCACUGUGCCCGGAUACGUCAGCUGGAGGAACAGUGCCAAUGGCUCCUGGUUCAUUCAGGCGAUAGUGCACGUGUUCCAGAAGUGUGCGUUCAAGUAUGACCUAGUGUCUAUGAUGACUGAAGUGAACAGACUGGUGCAGGAGAAGUUCUCCAGUUCGAGUGGCAACUACAAGAUGGUGCCCUCACAACGCAGCCAACUCACCAAACAGUUCUACUUUCCUACCGGCAAUUGAACUGGUUAAUUGGAACUCCAACCCUGAAGCAAAAGGACUUUUUGGAUUCAUAAAUUGAGCCUUGUAUGACGACCUCUGCUUGUUGACUUUUUUCUGCACCCCCUACUGUACCUAGAAAAAUAUGCCAGAUAUGUAAAGAACUAACUAAACGCUUUAGCAUACAUGAAUUUUGUACCUUAUAACGAACCCCCCGCCUUCUUUUGGAAUUGGGGUGGGAAUAGUUAACAAGUUCCACGAACUCUUUCACUGGUGGAGGUCGACCUCUUUCUUUGAACUGAUAAUCGGAAUUAUGAGGAUGGAGAUGAUGAUUUAUGGAAGCGAUGUAGAUAGAUUGACUGCUAUCAUGAACAAGCUUUGUAAUAUCUGUUUUGAUUUGAUACUUUGGCAGAAUUAUGUACAUAUUAAAAAGGCAAUUGAAUAGAUUUUAAUUUA